GCGCGGAUACGCGAUGGCAUCACAAGUUGCUGCAUCUAGUAAUGGUAGAAGCAGCAAUGUGAUGAUGAAGAAAGUUGUCAAGGAAUCAAACAAGACAACAACAUCAUGGGGACCAGAUCCAGUUACAGGUUAUUACAGACCAGAAAGUCAUGUUAAAGAAAUUGAUGCUGCUGAACUUAGAAACAUGUUGUUGAAGCACAAACCUAGACAGGAUUAAGAAUCUUGUCUCGACGAUCAGAGGCAGAUUUAGGAUUUGAAUGUUGAUUUCUCAUAUAUAUAUAUAUAUAUAUAAAUGUUUGUGUUUCGCAUACGAAAUAGUGGUUUGGUUGAACCUGUUAAUACCUAUAUUGUAUUUGCCAUUGUUGAUAGGCGGAAAUACUCGUUUAAGAAUCGUAUCUUGAUCAACAGAGGCGGAUUCAGGAUUUGAAUGUUGAUUUUCUCAUAUAUGUAUGUUUGUGUUUCGUAUACAAAAUAUUGGUUUAAUUGAA